AUGAGCUGACGAAGGACUGGUCAGAGAGCUGGAGGGACAAGAAGGAGCUGUUGGAACAGUACAGUGUGGAUAUCAACAGAGACCGGGGUGGGUUCCUCAUCCACUCCCUGUUACCACAUCUCAUUACCCUGGACCGGGAUGUACUCAGCACCGGGGUCACCUUCUAUCACCUCAGGGAGGGGGUAACAAGGAUUGGACCUCAGGACAAACUGUUGAAUCACAAAUAGACCUCCAGGGCGGCACCACCUGUGAGAUAGAGAACCAGUCUGGGGUUGUGACCCUGAGGCCGCUGCCAGGGACUGUCUGCAUGAUCAAAGACAGGGAGGUGACGGAGCCCUGCAGACUGGCACAAGGGACCUUGAUCACUCUUGGAGGUGUCCACAAGUUCCGUUUCAACCACCCAGCAGAGGCUGAGGUCAUGAGAGAACGGAGACGGGCCAGUGAAGGUGCACUGAACUGCAGCUACAAUGAUUUUCAAGCCUUGACCUCUGAUUCCAGGGCUGGAGGAGAGGCAGUCCAGGGGCAGACGGGUGACCGUGAGGCUGAGGGUAAGGAGCCUCCCCCCAGGCAGCAGUGUGUUGUGGACCAGCUGCGGUGCGUGGAGGAGCAGAGGGGGUAUGUGGAGUGUCUACGCCAAGAAAUCCAGACUGAACAGAGACGAGCUGAGAGAGAUCUAGAGAGAGAACAGGCCCGUCUGAGACAACGACACACUGACAGUGAGUACACCUCUACUUAAAUAUAGGCUACAGUGCUAAAUACAUAGGACAUACUUUGAGAGAAUAGCUUAAAUAUUUAUUUAUUAUAUGUGUCUCUGUACAAUUAAGUUAUACAAGGAAAUGAUCACUUUUUGUAUGUGCAUGUUAAAUAUGCUCUGUUUUAUCUGCCUUCAGUCCAGCAGUGGAUCUUACAAGAGAAGCAGCGUCUGGCAGCUAUAACAUUAGAGGAAAGAGGAACUCAGGAGUUUAGUGUACAGACCGAUCCUUUACAGACCGAUCCUUUACAGGCCGAUCCUUUACAGGCCGAUCCUUUACAGACCGAUCCUUUACAGACCGAUCCUUUACAGACCGAUCCUUUACAGACCGAUCCUUUACAGACUGAUCCUUUACAGGCCGAUCCUAUACAGACUGAUCCUAUACAGACUGAUCCUAUACAGACCG